AUGAUGAUUGUGAGGGAGGAUGGAUCUGCGUCGGGGAUCAAGGGCGAGGAGAGCGGAUCAGCAGGGCGAGAUGCGAAGCAGAAAUGUGACGAGCAGCAGCCGUGUUCGAGGUGUGUUGGGUUCGGACUAUCGCACAAGUGUGUCCGGAUCAGAAGGUCCCAAGAGGCAGGGUAUGGCGGCAGCAAGAGGGCCGGCAUCGCUUGUGUAGUGUGUCGGAGCAUCAAGACCAAGUGCGAUGACCAGCGGCCAUGCUCACGCUGCGUGAGGCUGGGGAAGGAGGCUAUGUGCGUCGACGAUGAGCAGGAGGCAGUGCCGGCAAUGACCAGGCGGAAUGCAAGGCGAGUGAGGACUGCGAGUGAGGGAGGAGGAAGUGCGCGGGAAGGAAAGGCUGUGUUGGAAGGAGGGACUGCACGGGAGGGAGGGGCUGAACGGAAGGGAGGGGAGAUGCAGAGGACUCGUGCUAAGGGGUUGACGACUGUAGAAUGGCCGCUCAACUUCAACACUCGAGCGAUCCAAUUCGAUCAAGCUUCGCUCCUGGAAGAGCGAGUGGUCAAGAUGGGGUGGCCGAGCUUUCUGCUCUCGCAACAGUGCAUGUUCGGGUUCGAUGCGAGGCAGCUGAUGAGGGUGUUUCACACGCUCCCGCCAUACCUGGAGAUCGUGACGAGACGGGCCUUCCAUGCGAUUGAAGUCAUCAUGCAGUUCCAUAAGGCGAAGGCUGCGCAGGCUCCAUUGGAUGGAACUUCAGACGCGAGGAACGCGAGUCAGAUUAAGCAAAUCUUCUACAACGCCAUCAGUGAGGUCGGCGUUGCCAGGCUGAGCAUCGAUCCCGUGACGGGGAGGCGGACUGAGGUGUACGUGUCGGAAAGUCUCUCUCGGAUGCUUGGGCUGCAUGUGGAGGAGAUGAUCUCAAGGCUGGGGAGCCGGGAGCUCCCUAUCAUGACCACGGAGUUCAGCUAUUUCUGCUAUGCCAUGCUCGGAACUUUGUCCCUGACCCUGCAUCCCAGCAAGCCCUUUGAAAGCUUCGUGAGGGUGAGGGACCUUCGAGAAAACCAAGCUUCCUCUUGCCUCGUAGCAAAGCUGUUGCAGCAGCAGGAGUUUGACGCCGCUGGCCGGGUGAUCGCCUUUAACAGCUGCAUCAUUCCGGUCAGCAGGAGAGAGUUUGAAAAUGCCGUGGAGCAUGACAGCAGUGCUCUGAUGGCUGUCUCGAAGCAUGCCAUCGCAGGGAGAGGCUACGACAUGCUGAUAGACGACAUGGAGCCUGACCUCUUCGCGAGCGAGACGAUGGAAGGGAUGCAGAAGACGCUGGAGGGAGAGCAGAGGCUCCGGCUGUUGGCGAAGGACAUCGAGGAGAAGUUCCUGCCGGUGGUAGCCAUCGCCGAGCAGAUCUUGAGGAUGCAGCGCAACGCCAACUUGCUGUGA